AUGACCAAGCCCAAGCCAGCGAGCACUUCCAGUGCAGAGUCUGAAACAAUGGCAAACGGUGGCAACGCCGACAGCUUGUUUGCGCUCCAGAAAGAUCUUCACAAUCAGCUCAACCAACUCCAAGUAAACUUCAAGAAGGACAGCACGUCUCGGAAAACUAAGCCCUAUUUCCAACUGCGCCUUUCCAAACUCAACUUAAUAAGCCAGCAAUUCAACAAGAAUCAUCAAGAGUUUGUAAGCGCUGGCUACCCCACACACCCUUACUUCGUCGAUAAUUUAGCGGACCAGUUCGAAGAGGAAUUUAUCACAGCGUUCUGUUUAAUAUCUACGGAGUCCGAAACACUUUUCCCCAAUCAGCUACCAGCGUGCGCCGAGCAACAAGCGACGCCUGUUCCUAAAACGCUCGGCCCUGGUGCGGCAGUCCAACUUCCAAAGUUGCCAGUACCUAACUUUUCCGGAAAGUAUACAGAUUGGCCAGCUUUCCAUGAUCUGUUUAUGCAACUCAUUCACCAGAACCAGGCGUUGUCAAAUAUUCAACGAUUCCAUUUCCUCAAGCAAGCACUGCCUAAAGAGCAGGACCAAGAUGUACACCAAAUGGAACUAACGGAUGGCGCCUACACAAUCGCAUGGGAUCUCAUCAUCAAACGCUAUAAUAACCCCCGUUUACAAUUCAUGCACCACAUGAACGCCCUCUACGACUUACCAUUUAUCUCAAGGGAAAGCUCAUCAGAGAUCAAACAUAUGCUGAACGUAACCAACGUAUGCAUCAACGAGUUCAAUCGUCUCAAAACGAAUAUCCAAUCUAGCACGCAAUGGAUAGUCCAUCAUUUGAUCGCUAGAUUACCUACGACAACUGUACAAGCCUGGGAGCAUUGCUUGGGAAACUCCAGCGACAUUCCGAGUUUCACCGACUUGGAAACCUUCCUCAACAAUCGCCUCGUCAGCAUGAACAUCAUUGAGAACCGGAAAAGUUCACAGCCCACGCAAAACUCUACGGUCAACAAAUCGACAAAUUAUCCACGCCAGAAUCCCAAGCAAAAGGGUUCCGGCUUCUACAAGGGCAGCACGUUCCACACCACGACUGGACCCAGCGGUCCCAUCUCUUGCGUACACUGUAAGGGGCAACACAUUUUGCGGCGGUGUCCUGAUUUUUUGUCCAAGGAUUGCUUUGCCCGCAAACGAAUCAUUGACCAUACAAAGGCCUGUCUAAAUUGCCUCAGCAUCCAUCAUCCCUUGUCGCAGUGUGGCAGUAACAAGAAUUGUUUACAAUGCGGACAGCGUCACCAUACCCUGCUUCACUUCCCCACGACGUAUACCAGCCCAUCACCGAUUAUUCAGAACGCAGCAAGCGAGAGCUCCGAUCUUGCUCACCCUUCCGAUUCCACUACAGUGCUGAUGGCCACUGCCGCGCAAUCAACUCGAUCUAUUUUGCUGGCCACAGCUCUAGUACAACUACAUAAUAACAGCACCGGACAAACUGCCGUUAUUCGAGCCUUGAUCGAUCAUGGCUCUGAGGGCACGUUAAUCACAGAACGUGCCGCUCAGUUGCUGGGACUUCCACGUCACCGAGUCACAGCACAGAUCACCGGGGUCGGUGAUAACUCAAAGAAUAUCUGUAGAUUUAGUACAGAGUUCUCCAUAAGCUCAUGUACGGACCCUCAAUUUCACCAUCUGGUGCGACCAGCGUAUGUCCUCAACUCGAUAACCUCUCACUUACCAAGAAGCAAUGUCAACGUGGACACUUGUCAGCAUCUUCAGGGAUUGCACUUGGCCGAUCCCACCUUUACCAGGCCAGGCCGCAUCGACGCGUUAUUUGGAGUAGAUCUAAUACAAUAUUUGUUGCUGCCAGAUUUACGGAAAGGAGCUUCAAAUCAACCUAUUGCUCAACUCACUCAAUUGGGUUGGAUCGUGUUUGGCCAUAGCAAUGAAACAAGGGCAAAUGUGGUAACCAUUCGUUGCCAUCAGACUAAUCUGGAUGCACUGGUAAAGGGUUUCUUCGAUCUCGAUCAAAUCAGCUCUGAGAGGACCUUAACUGCAGAAGAACAAUGGUGUGAGGAUCAUUUCCAGCGUACCUGCACCCGACAACCCAAUGGAAAAUACCUGGUCCGGCUUCCGUUAAAAACUGAAUUUGAUAAAGAACAAGUCAUCGGAAAGUCUCACCAAAUCGCACUCAAUAGAUUCCAUCUCUUAGAACGUCGGCUAAACAGAAACGACACACUUAAACAACAAUAUCACUCAACCAUUAAGGAAUAUUUUGAUCUGAAGCAACUCUCCAAAGUCACUACCGCAGAAACUCGACAUCAAAUGAUCACUCCAAGAGGUCAACAGUAUUUCUCAUCAUGUACUCUCCCACACCACGCCGUGAUAAAGGAGGACAGUACAACGACCAAAGUUCGGGUGGUGUACGAUGCAUCAUGUACCACUUCGAACGGAAAAUCCCUUAACGACAUAUUGUGCAUCGGCCCACCGCUACAAAACGAUUUAGGAGGAGUCAUCAUGAAAUGGAGGCUACAUCGUUACGUGUUUGCAGCAGAUAUCCAACGAAUGUAUCGCUGUAUCGACAUGCACCAGGAGGAUGCUCAAUUUCAACGCAUCUUAUGGAGGAAUGAUCAAAACGAAAUAGCCGAGUACAGCCUAAAUACUGUCACCUUUGGGACUGCAUCAGCACCGUAUACAGCCAUACGCGUAAUCCGUCAACUCGCUCACGACGAACAACAUCGCUACCCCUUAGCAACUCCAGUCUUAUUAAAUGAAGUAUAUGUCGACGACGUCCAAACUGGUCACAAUACUGUUCAUGGAGCAUUGGAAAUACGAAAUCAACUUAUUGCUACACUAAAAUCGGCUGGAAUGGAACUCAGGAAAUGGGCAUCAAAUCAUCCACAGAUCUUAUCCGGAAUUCCUGACCAGCACAUGGCUCAAAAGAGACAUGUAGAAGUAAAUUUCCAGGAGACUAUUAAAACUCUGGGACUUUAUUGGAGCCCACACGAGGAUUUAUAUAGCUUCAAGGUUCGAUUUGACCUUCCUGCCUCCUUUACUAAACGUUCCUUUCUUUCAGUAGUCGCUCGCCUCUAUGAUCCAUUAGGGUUUAUAGUUCCUGUCACUACUGCUGCCAAGAGUAUUCUAAAGGACAUCUGGCAGUGGCGACCCGAGACCUCCGACAAAACCCAAACCGCUCUCGAUUGGGACGGCCCGUUGCCCCCAAUACUUCAAGCCCGAUGUGAAGAAUUCCGACAUCAUUUACCAAACAUUGAACAGUUGAAAAUACCUCGGUGGCUUGGCCACCAGAACGGUGAGCCACAGUCACACCAACUACACGUCUUUUGUGACGGCUCCUCGCAAGCUUACGCAGCCUGUGUUUAUCUCCGAAUACAAUAUCCAUCCGGGAGAGUGAGCACGGCCCUAUUGACAGCACGGAGUCGAGUCACGCCCACGAAGCCGCUAACUAUACCUCGAAUCGAACUCUCUGGUGCAGUGUUGGCUGCACAACUGGCUAAAUGGGUACUGACGCAGUUUUCAUCCACCGGAAUUCCCAUGUCAGUUAAUUUCUGGACUGAUGCAUCAAUCGUUCUAUAUUGGAUUAAAGGAAAUCCGACCCGUUGGAAGACUUUCGUCUCCAACCGAAUUGGCAAGAUUUUGGAACUAAGUACUACAACCCAAUGGCAGCACGUACCUUCGGGAGAAAACCCAGCCGAUUGCGCUUCAAGGGGUCUUACUCCUCACCAACUAGCCAGGCAUGACAUCUGGUGGUUCGGUCCCGAUUGGCUACGGCAGGAUGAAAAUCGGUGGCCGAAGAACACGUGCUCCCCUCCCCUGACCAACAUCACGAAGAAAGAAGACAACCAACCAACAUCACAGCACAUGUUUGUUCACUGGGCGACUCAAUCCUAA